GUUUUAGAAUUAUUUCAUUGAUGAAAAAAGUUUAUACAGUUCCAACACCAAGGGAGUAAAAGCCUGUAAUUUAACAAAAGAGUUAAUAGAACAUAAUAACGUAAAGUUUACCUAAAUAUAUAUAGAAAGUAAGGUUAAUUUGGGUAUAUUCCAGACUAAACUACGAAGAAAGAAAGGUCAUAAAAGCCUAUUCGACCAUAUUUAAUGUUUAAACCUUAGUUAGUGGAAGAGGUAGAUGAGAAUAAUAUGAAAAUGAUGAAAUUAUCAUUCCAUAAUUCAAUAAGUGACUUAUAAACUUUUGAAGAGUUGAUGCAAGAAUAAAAACCAAGAGAAUCGACUCCAAAUUUAAAUUAAAUUCCUUAAGAAAAGAAUAAAACAUUUGUCAGGUAUGUCUUAUUUAAAAUGAUUGUAGGAAGUCUAUGAAGCACUUAACUUAGCUUUGA